CCCCGAAGGUCUCGCGCGCGAAGACUAGUAUGUAACUAUAACCCUAACAGUACAGAACAGACGUCAAACUGUUGUCAACUCUCUUAAAAGUUUUUCGAAGGAAAGGCGGUGGGUCCGAAGAGCAGUCCAGCGCUUCGGACAGUAACCGCGACCAACAUUCCGAACCAACCUCGGCGCUCAGUCGGGUAAUCCCCGGGAUGGCUGCUAUAAUAUCAAAGCUGAAGAGCGGAACUAACAACAAUCCGCCGCCACUUGAAAGCAAUCCCAUUAUGCAGUACUUCGAAGUUGGCAGGGAAGUUAGUUGCGCUGGACCUGGCUUAGUCUGGCGCAUACAUGACGCCUAUCGUAAAAGCGACGGCAAGGAAUGCUCCGUGUUUGUCUUCGAUAAGCGCAUUGCGGACAAGGUGUACAAGCCGAAACGGAAGGAAACUAUGCUGGAUCGAAUAAAAGCCUGCGUCCUGCAGUUGGACGAGAUGCGCCAUCCCAGGAUGUUGCAGAUAAUACAUACUCUUGAAGAGGGACACAACACGUACGCCUUCGCUUCCGAGUCGGUGUUUGCAAGUCUACACAACAUACUCGCUUGGCAUGAGUCAUCACCAAUACCUCCCGGAGGUCUCUUGCCGAUAAUGCCGCAUCCUAUAUCACUGGGUCCUCCCACCGCUCAGACGCUGCAACAGCACGGGCCGGGGCAACGACCGCCUUAUGCCAGAGAAUAUCACUUCCUGGACAUGGAACUGCGCUUUGGACUGCUGCAGAUCAUCGAAGCACUCCACUACUUGCACUACAACUCGCAUCAAAUCCAUCGCAACUUGUGUCCACAAGUGAUCAUGGUCACCCGACGAGGCACUUGGAAGCUUUUUGGACUGGAGUUCGUUGAGAACAUUAUUGGAAAUGAUCCAUUGGAGGUGGUGAGCGUACCGCCUUGGUCCAUAAAAGUGGCUAAGAUAGCACAACCAAAUUUGGACUUCUUAGCUCCGGAAGUCCAGAUGAGCGGCCAAUGCAGUAUCCUAUCGGAUAUGUUUUCAUUGGGUCUGGUCAUGUGCGCCAUCUUCAACCACGGCAAGUCUCUACUGCAGACCAAUAACAACCCAAUGCUGUACUUGAGGCAGAUAGAGUUUUUGGAACAACAAGUGAAUGCGGUAUUGCCACGCAUCCCCGCUGGCCUUCAAGAAGCGGUCCAGAGGUUGCUGUCCCGAGACCCACACCCACGACCAACCACACAACUGCUGCCACUAAUCAACUUCUUUAAAUGCCAGAGUGAGCCAGCAAUCCAAGCGAUGCAAUUCCUAGACGUCAUAACCAUGAAGGAUCCUGUGCAGAAAGCGAAUUUCUAUCGUGGCCCACUGCUAGAAGCGCUCCCGUUUAUACCAAAGAAACUUCGUUGGCAACAUGUGUGGCCAGCUUUGCACCUAGAGGUGAGGACAUCUGAAGUGCUGGAUGCAGUACUCUUGCCCGUCAUUUGGAUGACUAACGAGGCUUCCCCGGAUGAAUUUGUUACCUUCGUUCUGCCUGCUUUGAAGUCGGUGGAUUUCAGGAACCUAAUGAACUCGCCGAAGACGGUCCAGGCGACUGUCACUCUGCUGGAAAACCUGCAUAUUGUGAUGCGUAAAUGCCCGCAAAACGAAGUAAACAAGGAGAUCAUGCCGCUUCUCUACAGUGCCAUGGAUAAUCACAGCCAUCAAAUUCAGACGGCAUCUCUUAUAGCUGUACAGAACGUAUCAGACUGUCUGUCUGAUGCGGCGCUGCAUCACGUCAUCCUUUCUAAAGUGAGGAUCCUGCUUGAGAAGAACUCGAGCGAUGUUAAAGUGAUAAGCCUCAUUCUAGGCUUCUAUGAGAAGGUACUCAUGCGCUUGGAAAGGAAUCACAUUGUGGAGGAAGUAAUUCCCACGCUUCUCAUGAUGAGGCUCACAGACCCAGAUAUUAUUACUCGGGUCGUUAAACUUUAUAAAUGCAUCCUCUUGGAAGCCAAAUUCGGAUUGACCACCAAUGUGAUGGCUACAAAGAUGAUACCUUCUUUGGCACCACAGACUAUCAAUCCUUCUCUAAGUUUAGAUCAAUUUGGAGGUCUUAUGGAGAUCCUCUAUGAAAUGUUGGAAAACAUCGAUAAGAGCCAGCGCAGUAAGUUGAAGCCGGACAACCCUGCAGUGCCAAGCCCAGAGCGCCGAGCCCUGCGCCAUCAGAUGAGCACUGACAACCUGCCAGCGCCACCUUUCAAUAUACCCAAUCUGCGCGUUGAGCAACGUAAGACUUCCAGCGCGGAAGACAUGGCUCGCAAGAACUCCAUCAGCGUUGCGCAAACUUCCACUUCUAACACGGGAAGUGUAACAGGCGGAUUCAGGAAUACUGGUAUCGGCCAAUGGUUCUUUGGAUCAAACAAUUCAACUGCUGACGGCAAUAACUUCUUGCGAGUAACAAAUGUUUUUCCGAAUCGCCGCUUAUCGGACAAUACACUGAUGACACCCAAAAUCCGAAUCGCUCCAUCUUGCGCUUCUUCCCCUGGAGGAACCCCCGGUGGCACUUCGGGACUGCCCACUCGGCGUCACUCCAGCAUUGGGCCGCAAGAGCGCCGCGGCUCUGCCGUCAAUCUAUCGCCACCGACUCUUGCACGGAGCAUGAUCGGUGGAUCAAUGCCGAAUACGUCAUCGAGCGUUCCAUUCUUGCUGACGUCAUCGAUGCAGUCGAUCAGGUCCCGGCGUCCGUCGGCGUGCCUCAGCGGAUCGCAGGGCUCCGGAAUAUUGCAACAGCUGAGCAGCGGCAUGGUAAGGCACUUGCCGGUCGGCUCCCACGGCAAUGUGCCGCAGGUCCAGCAGCCCUGGGGCACGCUGCAAGGCGCCACGGCUGCUGGGUACAGCGCGUUGCGGCACACGGCCAUGGCAGUCAGGAAGUGCCCCUCACUAAACAUUACACUGACGCGUUAAACGAAUCGACGGUGACGUCUACUCGUAAUCGCAAAUCAGCACGCUCUUUAUCUCACUGCGUAUUUAUGUUUGUCGAUUUGCGGGUGGAAACUACCGGGCGUUGCACCGACGGACUCGACCGGCGGUGGAGCGCUCGCUGCGCUCGUGCGCUUUCCUCGCAGCUCUGCCGUUCUGGCGAUCCCCGUCCGAUCCCUCCAUGUCAGUAGAUCCACUGUCGGUGUUGUACAAAGUAUCACAACUUUACAUUUGUUUGCUUUUACUUUUUCCUUUGUUUUCUUGUAAUUAAAAAUUAUUUUUAACUUACCAUAUUUUAUAAGACUGAUUCGGAGUUUAUUUACAUUAGCUCAAUUAUUAUGAAAUAAUUUCACUCAUUUUCGAAAGUAUGUUGCGGUAGGGAAUGGAAAGUAAGCUUUAAUUGAUAUAAUGUGGACAUAUCACUUCUCCGUGAGAAAAAAUGUGAAUUUAAUGUCCAAUUAUAUUAAAAAAAUAUUAGAAAAUUUAAAGAUUGAGAAUUAAAUUAUAAAAAUGUUACCAAAAUAACGGUAUACAGCAAAGUGUUGUAUAUGGUGCUGUGAUAUGGUAUUGUUGUAUUUAUUAGAAAGUAUAUUUAAAAUAAAGAAGAAAUCUAAUUUUUUUUGAUGAUAUACUAACUACUAAAGAAGAUAUAUUAUUUAAUAUAUGCAUAUAUUACUCAAAGUAUUAUAGGUUACAGAGGUCUAGAGAUAGAGAGAGACUUAAACUAUAAAAUGUGCCAAAUUCAUCUGCAUUACAAGUGUGGAAUUCGACUUAAGAUUUAAAAUAUAUUUUUCGGAUACAUACAACACGAGUUACUCGGAAUGGAGGUGUGCACCAACUUUUUUAAAUACUUAGGUACACACACAUUAGGCAUAUCUGUUAAAUUAUUGUAAGAAACUAAUAAUUUCAAAUAAUAGUACCUGAAUAACUAUUUAUUUUAGGACUACUUACACCUUUCUACAAGAAACUUUUAAUAAUAAUAUUUUUAAAGAUGAAUAUUUAAAUAGGUAACUAAAUACAGUUAAAAUAUAAGUAUUUACUUACACUAAGUUUUAUUUUUACUGACUUUUACAUUUUAUUUUUAUAUAUUUUCAGAUAAUUACAAUAACAU